CCAAUACCAAGGAAAGAUACAUACCAUCGCCAACGAUUUCGAAAGCCAUUCAAGUCAAGCAUUCAAGCAAUAAAAUGACUAACCAAACUCAAGAAAAGGUCCAGCAUGAAGCACCGGAAUCCAAGAUCUCAGAGGAAAAGGUCUCAGAGCGAAAACUAUGGGGUGGACGAUUUACAGGCGCAACUGAUCCUAUCAUGCACGAAUUCAACCAAUCUCUGUCCUACGACAAGAGGCUCUACAAAGCUGACAUCUCUGGUUCUAUCGCAUAUGCAAUGUGUCUCUUCCGGGCUGGGAUCAUCAGUGCUGAAGAAGCCGAUUUGAUCAAAAGAGGUCUCAAAGAAGUCGAAUCAGAGUGGGAAAAUGGCACCUUUAAACCUACUGCUGACGACGAGGACAUUCAUACUGCAAAUGAGCGUCGACUUUCGGAAAAGAUAGGAAAGGCUGCAGGCAAACUACAUACUGGUAGAAGUCGAAAUGACCAGGUAGCAACCGAUAUGCGAAUUUGGCUAAUGGAGGAGACUGAGAAGAUCAUGUACUACUUGCAAGACUUCAUAUCCGUGAUCACACAACGAGCUGAACAGGAAAUUGAUGUCUUGAUGCCAGGAUACACUCAUCUGCAGCGUGCGCAACCCAUCAGAUGGUCACACUUUCUCAUGUCGCACGCUUGCGCUUUCACUUCAGACUUGUCUCGACUUCAAGAUAUGGUCCCUAGGAUCUCGGUUCUACCUCUUGGAUCGGGCCCUCUGGCCGGAAACCCUUUCAGCAUUGACCGCGAAUUGCUUUUGAAUGACUUACGUUUCAACAGUCUCUCGGUCAAUUCCAUGCAUGCGGUCUCUGAUCGAGAUUUUGUGGCGGAAUUUUUAUUCUGGUGCACAAUGACGAUGAUCCACAUGAGUCGUUUUGCAGAAGAUUUGAUUAUCUAUUCCUCUGCGGAGUUUGGCUUUGUAACAUUAUCUGACGCUUAUAGUACGGGUUCGAGUAUAAUGCCUCAAAAGAAAAAUCCAGACUCCCUUGAAUUGUUACGUGGAAAGUCAGGAAGGACAUUUGGCCAGCUCUCGGGUUUCUUGAUGACUCUUAAAGGUCUUCCAUCCACUUACAACAAGGACUUACAAGAAGACAAAGAACCCAUGUUUGAUGCUGCUGACACGAUCGGUUCCGCGCUCAGGAUCUUCGAAGGGGUGAUCACUACCAUGAAGAUAAACACAAACAAGCUAGUAGGGGCAUUGUCGCCUGAUAUGUUGGCAACUGACUUGGCCGAGUACCUGGUGCGAAAAGGGGUUCCCUUUCGUGAAACACAUCAUAUCUCAGGUUCCGCAGUGAAGAUGGCGGAACAGAUGGGUGUUCCACUUUCACAACUAACCCUCGCUCAGCUUCAAAGCAUAUGUCCCCUCUUCACCGAGGAUGUAGCAGACGUAUUUGACUAUGAGAAAUCUGUUGAAAGGCGAGACGUUUAUGGUGGAACUAGCAAGAGUGCAGUCCUCAAGCAAAUCGAACGAAUCAGAGAAUCUCUUAGACCUUGAUCUUUAUGUCCUGUUUCCCGCUCUCAUCAAUCCUUGGUAUCGCAUAAAAAUCCUUACAAGGUUACUAAAUCGUAUUCGCCCCUAAUUUCCCCCGUGUUCACUAAUUCAAAUUUGACCAAUGGAUGGCAAUCAACCUUCUAUGCUGCUUUGAUAUUGUCGUAGGUCGCUGAAAGCUAUAUUAGUUCUUGUCACAAGUACUGCUUUGCCAUCAAGGCGUGUUGGACUGUCUCGGAUCUUGUACUUAGUUGAAUUACCUUGUCAAACACAGCGCAUUUCACCCUCCUUGAAAAGAGAUUGGAAUGUGAAUC